CACUUUGUCAAGCGAGCACUUGUUAGUCUUUGUGCAGAAUAUUUUCUGUUGACUCUGGGCGCGCAAGUUUGCUUCCGGCAGGACGUGUGCCAUUGCAGGUACCAUCAUGAGUGCAGCAAGACCUGGUCUUCUCCAGGUUUGCCGUACUUGGAGGUCAACGAAACCUCGUCGCUUCCUCUCGUCUCCGCAGGCCUGCAACACGCAGUCGACUUCAGUCACCUUGCAGAGCUUGUCUUGUUUCAGAUCUCCUGCAGACGCUCGAUUCUCAUCUACAACAGCGUUGCGAGGUGAAGCUUCCCCUCAUGAUCCUUCCGCCGAUUCCUCUUGGGGCAACGAACAAGCCCUCCGCUUUCUCGCCCAAGCUCAAGAUCAUCAAUACUUGACCGAGGCCGAGAAUCAAGAACGAGCUCGUCUGUACCUGCAGCAGCAAGAGGCACAAUUACAAAUCCUCCAACUCAAGAGGACCGAGUUCCCUUCGCCAAGCAAAGCAGCCGCUGCUGAAUUUCAAAGAGUCAAGGCCGUCCAUGACGAGACAUGGGAUCAACUGGUGAAACAGCUGCAGCAGGCAUUGCAGCGGCAAUCCAGCGAGAAAUACGAGGCCAUAAUUGCCGAGACCAAGGAGCGCGCGCAGGCCGAGAUUAAAAAAGUAGCUGCUCGCCAGGAAGCGGUUGGAAAGAAGCUCAGCCACCUUAGCCGUCAGACCAGAGCUUUACGCCAAAGCCUCGUUGAAGAGCAGCGUCAGAUUCGUUCGAUUUUAUUUCAACUGCGCCGUCAGCAAAGAUCUCAGGGCGGACAGCUUGCCGACGCUGACCAAAGUCGACUGGCCAACCUCAAUGCCCAGCUGAGCGAGACGCGAGCGCAGCUUCAAGAUCUCGCACGGAAACGGCCCACGCUGAAUGCCGCACCACGAGGGAAACCAACUACGUUGACGGGUACUGUGACGCGGACUGGGACGAUGCACAAGACAGUGCGUGUGACGCAGAAGACGCAGACGUGGAACAAGCAGCUGCAGAAACACUACUCGGCCAAGAUCCAACGGCUGGUGCAUGAUCCAGAGGAGAUCACCAUCGAAGGCGAUGUUGUCACCAUCGGUCUCUUCACGCCGGAGAUUCGAGAGCAAAGGGAGAAGCUGGGUAAAAUUGGCAAGGGCCGAAUUGAAUACAUGAUCAAGGAGAUUGUGACGCCGUUUGGCAAGACGGUGGAGGAGCGCCGUUCACAACGUGCUGUCGCUGCCGGCGCCGGCGAGGACGGCGUGGAAGAAGAAUGGAAGAACAAGGUCGCCAAAGCCACCAAGGCCGGUAAGAAGCGCCAGGGUGUCUUAGCUAAGGGCAGACAGAAGAAAAACUCUCGAAUUGUUGUCGCUUGAGCAGUUGUCAGUCUGCGCAAGUGAGGGGAGUCAUGCACCUUUGGGGCCAUGUUGACUUCUAUAUACAUGUUGUCAUACACGCUGUCAUGGCCAGCGAUUUGUAUAAUUAGACUGCAGUAGUGGGCGAAGAUUAAGCGACUCCAUUACCUCGCCGAGCUCUAUGAUCUUCAAAUGGAUGGCAAUGCGAAGAUUGGUAAUUUUCCGUCGAGCACUACUUAACUGUGAUCAUAGGGCCAUUUA